AUGUCCGAUAAAGAAGAUAAUAUAUCAGGUUAUUGUGCUCAAUCAUGGAAACUUAUUCGUGAUUUAUUUCAUCAAAAUUUUAUUGAAAAUCUCGAUAUUGGUGCUUCACUUUGUAUUUUUUAUCGUGGAGAAUGUGUUGUUGAUUUAGUUGGUGGAUGGUUUGAUUUAGAAAAUGAUAGAAGACUAUAUACUCAUGAUACAUUACAACCAGUGUAUUCAACAGGAAAAGGUGUUAUGGCUACAGCAUUAGCUUUAUGUGUUCAACGAGGAAUAUUAAAUUAUGAAGAAAAAGUUUCAACUUAUUGGCCAGAAUUUAAACAAAAUGGAAAAGAAAAUAUUAAAGUUAAAGAUUUAUUAUCACAUCGAGCUGGAUUAACAGUUAUUGAUAAUGAUGAUGAUCAUAUUUUGAAUGUUGAAGAUAUUCUUGAUGAUCCAACAAAAAUUACAUAUCUUUUGGCUAAACAAAAACCAUAUUGGCAACCUGAUAUUGGUGGUCAUGGAUAUCAUGCAUUAACUUUUGCUUAUUUAGUUAAUGAAUUAAUUCGUCGAAUUGAUAUUCCAAAACAUCGUUCAAUAGGAGAAUUUAUUCAGCAAGAAAUUACUCAACACAUAGAUAAUUGUGAAUAUUUUAUUGUCAAUUGUUUACCUGAACAAUAUAAAACUCGUGUAUCAUCAUGUAUACCACCAAUUCAAAUAAAAAAGGAUGAAAAUCACGUCCCUCUAAGUGAAUUACAAGAGCGAACCUUUACAAUGAAUGGUCUUGUAAAAACAACACCAAUGGAUUGUACAAGUAAAUGUUUAUCAUGUGUCAAUGUUGUUACAAAUGCUCGAUCAUUAGCAAAAAUUUAUGCUUCAUUAAUAUUUACUGAAAAUUUUUUAACAACUGAAACUCUCUCAAAAUCUAUAUUAAAUAAUACACCAGAUAAUGAAUUUGAUAAAAUUCUUGAUAAUAAAUUAACAAAAUUUAGUCAAGGUGGUUUUAUGUUAGAUGAAACAGUUGUAAACGAUUUUGGAAAAGUUUUUGGACAUUGGGGUUGGGGUGGAAGUAUUGCAUUUGCUUCUCUUGAUAAACAACUUACAUUUGCAUUUGUACCAAAUAAAUUAAUUUUUGAUAUUACGACAACAGAUAGACGUGUUCAAACAAUUUUAGAUGGAAUUAAAACUUUAAUUGAUUUAUAA